AUGGGGCGCCAUUCAGGACUCCGUAGCCUUUCGUUAUGUUUACUCGCGAGCACGGCGUCAGCCUCCGUAUUACUCACUCGGGAUCCCGUCCCGGAGGGCUUCGUCGCCGCCCCGUAUUACCCGACCCCUUACGGCGGUUGGGCCGAUGACUGGUCCGAGAGCUAUGAAAAAGCAAUCAAGUUGGUGUCGCAAAUGACACUAGCCGAGAAAGUUAACAUAACUGCUGGUACUGGUCUUUUUAUGGCCGUUGUGUGUGGAAAUACUGGCAGUAUACCACGAUUGGGGUUCCCGGAGCUAUGCUUACAAGAUGGUCCUCUGGGUGUGCGCACAACAGACAACGUCACUGCUUUUCCUGCUGGUAUCACUACCGGCGCAACAUUUAGCAAGGAUUUAAUGUAUGAAAGAGGUGUCGCACUUGGUGAGGAAUUCAAGGGGAAGGGCGCCAACUUCUACUUGGGACCAAGCGUUGGAGCCCUAGGAAGAAAGCCGAGGGGUGGCCGAAAUUGGGAGGGCUUCGGAUCCGAUCCCGUCCUUCAAGCUAUUUCCGGAGCCCAGACGAUCAAAGGUGUGCAAGAGCAAGGUGUCAUCGCUACACUGAAGCAUUUGAUCGGAAAUGAGCAGGAGCUUUACCGCAUGUACAACCCAUUCCAGCAAGCAUACAGUUCCAAUAUUGAUGACCGAGCGGUACACGAGCUAUACCUUUGGCCAUUCGCAGAAGGCGUCAAGGCUGGAGUCGGCUCAAUAAUGUCCUCUUAUAAUGCGAUCAACGGAUCUGCAGCCUCUCAGAACAGCCAUAUUCUGAAUGGCCUCCUGAAAGAUGAACUAGGCUUCCAAGGCCUUGUCAUGACCGAUUGGCUUGCGCAGAUUUCAGGAGUAGCGUCCGCUCUCGCUGGCCUCGAUAUGUCUAUGCCCGGAGAUACAAUUGGCAACAACGUACCGUUGUUUGGCUACUCUAACUGGAUGUACGAACUUUCACGAUCGGUAUUAAACGGCUCUGUACCUGUCGAUCGACUAAACGAUAUGGCUACACGUGUCGUCGCUACGUGGUAUCAGCUUGGCCAAGAUGAGGACUAUCCUCUUCCUAACUUUUCUUCGAACACGGCAGAUCGCGAAGGUCCACUCUACCCAGGUGCACUAUUUUCCCCGGUCGGUGUCGUCAACGAAUACGUCAAUGUUCAAGCCGAUCACAAGGUGGUCGCUAAACAAGUGGCUCAAGAGGCGAUCACGCUACUAAAGAACAACGGCAGCUUUCUUCCACUGUCAACUUCAGCGCCCCUCUUCGUAUUUGGCACCGAUGCUCAAGCUGACCCUCAAGGUAUCAACUCGUGCACAGACAAGAGCUGCAACCGAGGCUUGCUCGGUAUGGGAUGGGGUUCAGGAUCCGCGAACUACCCUUACAUAGAUGACCCGAUUAGCUCGUUCAAGCGAAAAGCAACCAACGUGACAUACUACGCUACGGAUAGCUUCCCGUCCGCCCCAGCGCCGACCGAAGACGAUGUUGCUGUUGUAUUCAUCACAUCCGAUGCUGGAGAGAAUUCGUAUACUGUUGAGGGCAACCACGGUGACCGCGACGAAUCUGGUUUGAAGGCCUGGCACAAUGGUGACGAGCUUGUUCAAAAAGCAGCCGCAAAAUACAGCAACGUUGUCGUUGUCGUCCACACUGUUGGCCCUAUCAUUAUGGAGCCUUUGAUCUCCCUUCUGUUAAAGCGGUCCUCGUUGCCCAUCUUCCGGGGCAGGAAGCCGGCGACUCUUGCCACGCCUCUCAGCCAGACGCAGGAUACUUACUCAGAAGGCCUGUACAUCGACUACCGGUAUCUAAACAAGCAGAACAUCAAGCCGCGCUUUGCCUUCGGUCACGGCCUAAGCUAUGCGUCCUUCAGCUUCUCCAACGCUACCAUCACCCGUGUGACGGAGCUGUCCGAAGUCCCACCGGCUCGCCCCUCAAAGCCCGCAUCUCCCGUCGCUAGCCUAAACACCACCAUUCCCGCUGCGUCUGAAGCGUACUUCCCAGCCAGCUUCGACCGUAUCUGGCGAUACCUCUACCCAUGGUUAUCCAACGGCGACGCCGAUGCCGCGUAUAAGAUUGGCGCGGCCGGCGACAAGAAGUACCCAUACCCAGCGGCCCCCGGCGGCAAUCCCGCUAUCUGGGACGUCGCGUACACGAUCAAAGUCACAGUGACGAACAACGCUAAGGAGGGCACAACGGCUGGAAAAGCCGUCGCGCAGGCAUACGUCCAGUUCCCCGAGGACGCGGGCGUCGACACCCCCGUCAUCCAACUCCGCGACUUCGCGAAGACGGGAGCAGCGCUCGCGCCCGGGCAGAGCGAGACUCUGGAGCUGAGCCUCUCGCGCAAGGACGUAAGCGUCUGGGAUACGGUGCGGCAGAACUGGGUCGUGCCGAAGCCGGAUGGGAAGUACAAGAUCUGGGUCGGCGAGGCGAGCGAUGCUUUGUCCGUGGUGUGUUACUCGGAUAGCUUGGAGUGCGAGACGGGCGCUAAGAGUCCCGUUUAG